AUGGCCGCAUAUCAGACACUACUGCAGGACUAUAUGGCGAUGCCUGCCGUCACCCGCGUCUACACCACCGCCUGCGUCCUCACGACCGUCGCUGUCCAACUGGACAUCGUAUCGCCGUUUCAGUUGUACUUCAAUCCGAUUCUUAUUUUCCGCAAUUAUCAGUUGUGGCGUCUGUUGACCACAUUCUUGUUCUUCGGCUCGUUUGGGUUCACCUUCUUAUUCAACCUGAUCUUCACGUACCGCUACUGCCGGAUGUUAGAAGAGGGCUCUUUCAGGUCCAGAACCGCCGACUUCUUCUACAUGUUCCUCAUUGGAGCCAUUCUUAUGAUUAUCAUCGCGUUCUUCGUGAACCUGCUAUUCCUGGGCCACGCCUUCACCAUAAUGUUGGUCUACGUGUGGAGCCGUCGCAACCCAUACGUGCGGAUGAACUUCUUCGGUCUCCUCAACUUCCAGGCGCCGUACUUGCCGUGGGUUCUGCUCGCCUUCUCCCUACUGCUCGGAAACGCCAUUUUAGUCGAUCUCAUGGGUAUAGCGGUCGGACAUAUCUACUACUUCUUGGAGGACGUGUUCCCCAACCAGAGGGGAGGCUUCCGGAUCUUAGAGACGCCAACUUUUAUAAAAUACUUAUUUGACUUUCAAACCAACGAACCCAAUGAGGAGAGGCCCGAGAGAUUCAACUUCGACGACAACAACCAAAAUCAGCAAUAAUUACGGCAUAACUGCUAACGAUUUGUUAAUUUGUUUUGUUUUUCAUACAAAAACUGGUCAAUCAAUACAUUCAUUACUUUAUAAUGAUUUUCGGAUUUUGCGUUUACGAGACAAUGUUUGUCAUGAAUAUGAUUUUCA